AUGGACGGCGCCAACUUCACUUCCCAGCAGAAAGCCGAGCUCGUUAACCGCGUCCGCUCGGAAGUGCAGCAGCAGGCACUACAGGAGCUGACGCAGAACCUUCAGGAGAAGUGCUUCGACAAGUGCAUCACGCGCCCCAACGGCAAGCUGGACGGCAAGCAGCAGAACUGUCUCGCUCUGUGCAUCAACAGAUACAUCGACACCAUGAAGGUGGUCUCGGAAGUCAUGGUGCAGCGCGGCCCCCAGGGAUAA